CUGGAUGGAUUAAAUCAGUUGACAAUUUCUAAGACCCUCCCUCUGCGAGAGAUGCCACGCGCCCGAGCGCCUCCUUGCGCCCUCGUCCACAAAGCGCAGCUUCCCCCUCCCUCCCAGGCGCCCCUCUCCCGCAUCCUUGACGCGAGAGCCUCGCAGGAGCUUGAGGCCCGAUCUGCAGCAGCAGGAACCCCCGCCCGGAAGAGACCCACCACAACAAUGGCGCCGCCCCAUGGAGCUCCGAUCUUCAGCGGGACCCCGCCGGAAGCGUCAGCUCUCGCACACCAAUGGCGCACGCCCGAGACAUUGGUGAACACGGAGCUUCUUUCUCCUGCAAACUCGGCGACCCUCUCCUCCAGCCUCCUCUCGCGCCCGACGGGGUCUCCCGAGCCAGCCCCAUCCGCCUCCGGCCGCCGCCGGCAAGCAGAGCUAUCGUCCGUGCGCUCCGGCCAGCUCAGACCGCCGCCUCCUCAGAUUGGCCACAUCAGCCGCCCCUGUAAACUUCCACGUCGGUCUUCACCUCCUGCACGAGCCCCCGUCGUCCGUGCGCUCCGGCCAGCUUCCCGUCGCGCCCGAGACCAGAAGCAGUAAUCGCUUUAGUAUUCAAAAAAAUAAGGGAAAGAUAGUCACAUGGACAGGGACUGCGGGUUAAUUUCAUAUAAACCGAGGGACUUUUAUGUAAAAUCGCGUGCGACGACGUACAGCAGAAAUCCAAUUCUCUUUAUUAUUA